GACUGUUAAACAUAAACGUUUAUACACAUGAAACGCAUGACUAUGGAUUUAUUUACUUAAUAUAUGGUUAAACAGAAACUUGAAUAUCAUUUGAUAUAAAAUUGUCAAACCUGUAAGAUACCGGAGCCGUAAAACUGGACAAAAUUGUCAGUGCUGUUGUGUUUAUAGGCCUUACAGACUAUUGGGUGCAGGUUUCUAGACGCACGAGGCGCUGUCUUGAUUAACCCGUUUUAAUGAAUAUACAUGAGUGUUCAACCGGUCGUGAUUUGAAAUAAUUCGAUUAAAGAACGACGGUGGAUGAAACAGUGACAGUUUUAAUGAGGCUUUGAUAGGCAACAGAUGAUAACAAGGGAGCAUCUUUGCAACCUCACGAAAACUAUCAGAAGUCUUAUCCAUAAAGACAAACGAGAAAAAUAAGCUUUCGUCUGAUGUAAAUGUUGUGAUUCCGGUUAUAUAAGAUCAAGAACGCUUUCUGAACAUCCUAGCGAUUAUUUCAAUACCAGAACACACCUUAGUGGAGUCGUAUUUUGCUGUGGAAAACAAGGAAGUUUAUAAGUGAAUUAAAUACUGACGUAGAAAACAUUCGAAGGGCGAAGAGUCUCACGAAAUUGCGGUUAAAUUCUGUGGAAACGACAAUUUGGAUGGUUCAUACUUAAUGCAGCUAAGACGUGCAUUGUGUUUUAUAAACUUCAUAAGCCUGUAAAGCGAACGUUACUGGGUUGAAGUUAUAAAUUCAAUAUCAGAUUCAAAUCUGAUCAUGUUCGACAAAUAAAACUAGAAGUUGUCAGUUUUAAAUAUUUGCAUAGCCUCUUUAAGAAGGAUUCUCUACAAGCUGUAGAAAAAAGAGAAGUUUGCGUUAUCUCGAUGAAAUAUUACAAUCAAGCGCUCUUCUUAUACGCUACUUGGCUAAGACCAAAUAUAUAUUCGAAUCUUUUUUAUCGUUAUCAUCUACUCUAAAACUGUUUGGUGGACAGACGGUUAUCCGAAGUUACGGGUACAUGCAGCAUUGUCGCGCAGCUAACCAACGAAGGCUCGAGCCACUGGUUUGGGCAUAAUUGCCCAUGUACAUAGAGAUCUCUACAUCCCUCGGGCUUUAUCGCUAAUAAGUAAACACGAGCACGGCUCAAGACCUAAUUGACUGCUGUGUUAACAAUCUUUAGUGCAUCCUUUUGAUGGAUUUAGUGAUGUAUUGUUUAUAAGGUGAUGAAAAUAUUAAUAUCGUGCCUGUUUGAUUAAGGAUUGAGAACAAGGGCCGCAUAUUAAUGUUCUAGGGAACGGAAAGGCUUGGCCAAAUUUAUCGUUCACGGUGGAAGCUAGGAGUUGAAGGAUUCCUCGCCAGUGGUUGCCAGUCAGUCUCUUGUUCAUACCCAGGCGACACCGGACCAGAAAUAUCGCGGUAAACAACAUUACUGGGUAGAAAAACCAGACAACGAGUUAAACAACGCAGUUCCAAAUUAUUGUGCUAAUGUGGCGGACGUUGAAGUGACGUGCUUGAAUAUAAAGAUACGUACUGGUGACUUUCUUGAAGACACUUCAUACGUUAGAGAGAGUUACACUAAAACAUUUAAGUCAGGACUCGACAUUACAAUUAUAAGAAGAUUGCAGUUGAAGAUUGUUCUGUGAACCUUACAUUAAGUGUAAACCAUAAGAAUUGAAAAAGGUAUUGUUUUUAAUAGACAGUUAAGUGCCAAACGUCAAGCUGGAAAUCAUGAGAUUGACUCCGACACCGACGGCAUUUACUUUGCCGACGGUGCCGGCAUUGCAGUCGUUGCCGGCGAUGUCAAUGUCCAUGUCGGGCUCGGGAGCAGAGACUCUUAUAUACUACACAAUGUCACAGCCGCCGCCGGCGAGCCCGACUUACUCAACAUUCACCAACGGCGGUGCCCUGACUACAGGAAUUCCACAAUUAAGUCCGAACAUUCGACAAAAUGUUACCCCGAUGGUGAGCCCAGGAGUGCCUCCAGUGAGCCCGGGGCUACCGUCCCCGUCGACGACAGGGCUCGUUCCGGACAUUAUGCACCUUAUAAACUAUGGUGAUAAAGACAUGGGGCUUCUUCUUUCGCAAAGGAUGGAGCUGGUGUGGCACGGGGAGUUUGAUCGGCUGUUCUCCCAGUACUUCCCCCACAUGUGGUGCCUCGUGCCAACCUUCUACCCCCCGGGCGAUCAGUGGAGGACGUUCAAGGACAGCGCCAAGGUCCGCUUCUCCUGUCAGGAUUGUGGUCACGGGUGGACGUCCAUGAAAGGCCGGGUUAUAUUCUGGUUCGAGCUCAACUAUGCCACCAACUCUGGCUGUGUGAUGUUUAAGCUGUACGGACAACAGUGCCAGAAGUGUAAGACUGGCAAGUUCGAGCACGCCAUGUGGUACCCGGAAGAGGUCGUGAAGGUCGUCGGGAACGUUUACAACCGAGUGGGUCAGAUCUACUAUGGAUUUGUGAGGCCCCCUCUCCGAAUCGACAGACGUGUGGGAAAACCCAGAAACCAACACAACUCUGAACUCUGCCAGGCCUGCAAAGAGGGCCUCUGCAAAGAAGAGUGGUCGUUUACAUGACGACAUCAUUCGUCAUAGUACCACGUGAUAAAAAUCAGACCAAUGGCUGACAUAUCAAAUUAUGACGUCAACAUAUUUAAGAUGUCGUCAUAGAGCACGUGAUCAAAUGUUACGUAUUUAAGCAAUUUUGCAACAUAUCAAAAUAUUGUUGUUAUGCAAUUUAAAUGUUUAUUAUUAAGAUGUAUUUUAAUAUAUUUCGUUCAAAGUUUGCAUUUUAUUAUAUUGUUUUAUUCAUGGUUGUGAUUUUGUAGAUAUUUAUGAGAAUUUUUUAAUUACAAAUCUUAUAAAUCAUACUGAUGUUUUUACACUUAUCUAUAUAUUGUUUGCUAGAAAGUUGAUGAGACCAUCUAAAAAGUCGCUUAUGGGAGGAUAUAUGAUGUUUUUAUGUUAGAAUUACUUUACGUGUUUUUAAGUCUUUAAACAAUUAGGUGUAAUGAUAUCAUUUUAUUCGUUGUUGUGGUUAUUGUUGUUGUUGUUUGUAUUGAAAGUUGUAUACAUUCAUUUAGUAGAACAUUAGUAGUUUUGUUACAUAUCUUUGUGCUUAAUGGUCUUGUAGAAUUUCCAAAAAAUACAUAUCAGCUUUAAAAUAUGAUCUGUAUUUAACUGUUAUACUAUGAUCACAUUUAUAAAUGGCAAACUAUUUUAUUGUGAGUGAAACUGCUGUAUUCUUGUUUUGUCGUUCUGUUGUCUCAGAAAUAUUUCAUCUCCGAGCUUGUUGAAUCAUACGUGUACUAAUAAGCUUAUUUUCGCCCAUCGAAUACGAACAGGGCUUAUCAGCCCUUUAAAUUCAUAAGCGGGUCGGCCCUUUUAUUAAUCAAUAGUUGUUAUUAUGUAAAACACUAAACAACAUAUCAUAGAGGAAUUUUAAUAACCAUAGAAUAAUAAUGUUUUAACCUGUGUAGGGGACAAUUGCCGAAUUUUCUUAUGAUGAAACGGUCGAUUGUUUUUCAAAUAUACACCAUCCUAGUUAUCCUUAAUACAUUUAUAAACUUCAUUUAAUAUUACAUUAUAUAUUUUUCAAAUCAUUAACAUCAUUGUUUAAUCAAAACCAAAUUACACUGUAGUUCCGUAUUUUCGAGAGACGAGAAAAUUGCUAUAAUCAAUAAAAAUAUUAUAAUAUUUUAACGCGGUCUUUUGACCAUAAAUUUCAUAUCUCCUAUGUGUACAUCUGAAGUGCUCACUUUUUUGCAUUUCUAGAAUUAGAUUUUAGUAUUAUUUUGUUAUUUAAUAUUCGAUAUUUUAUUUUGUUUUUUAUUGUUAGUUUAGGUCAUUUUUGUUUUAUUUCUAAAUGUAUUUGUCAAUCUGUUAGUAAGUGCAUUAAUGUAAAUAAUUUCAUUUUACACCAUGGUUGUAGCAUCGAUCAGGGAGAGAAAACAAAAUAAUUGUAUAUGAAUAUAUCAGAACAGUGCAGCAGACAUAUUUUCAGACUUAUACAUACGUACAUCGUCUUAACAUGCCGUGUUUUGGGGCAUUCAGCGCGCAAGUUUGUGCCUAAAUUUAACUUGAACAAUCAUAAAACAUCUUGAAUCAUUUCUUAACCUAAGUCGAUUUCCUAAUUUUCAUAGUCCAAAUAUAAUAAAAAAUAAAAUUGGUUCAUGAAUAAUAGUACGUAUAUAUUCAAUAAAAUCAUUGAAAAAAAAGUAUGCCAGAUAUUGAUAAGAUAUCAUAUCAACUGACCAGUGAGCUGCCUAAUUUAGGAAAAUAACUUUAGUUAUAAAAUGACUUAAAGAUGCUUUAUGAAUUCCAGCCCAGAACACAGACGAUUAUUAAGACUUACACAGAAGUUCAUCGGGGGUGAUAAUGUAUUCCUUGACCAAUUUCGUUAUAAGGCAAGGAUUGACCACCGUCAAGUGUAUUAUUACAUAAAGGAUUGUGUUUUACCAGCCCUGACCGAUACUAUCACCUGUGGUUUACUCUAUGCAUUUCCUCAUUGUUAAAAGAUCUUCCAACCAUUGUAGUAGCAUUUGUUUGGUUUCUGUCAUACAUUUUGUGAUUUAUAAUGAUGUAAACUUUCUACACACAGUCUUUGUCUGCUGUUUAAAUUGAUUGUAUUGAAUGAAAUUUUCAAAGAAAUAUAGUGCUUCCUUAUUGUAUAUAUAUAUAUAUAUAUAUAUAUAUACAUCUAUGGGUGGAAGCCGGAAGGAUCUAUCUGAUACUAUAGUUUAUGUCAGUUACAACCUUUUUGCUUUUACCACUCGUUUAUGGACGAAAUCAAGAAAAAAGGAAUUUUCCGGUUAAAGUAAAGAAAUAAAUCCUGUUUGACACAAUAGUUGUAAUAUCAUUGUGGUUAAGAAAUGUUUUGUAUAUUAUCAUGUUAUUGUUGUUUUUAAAUCAUAUUUUUACGAAUUUCUUUUUCUAGAUCUUUAGGUAUUCGAUGUACACUGAUAAGCCUUUCGACUCUUAAGCUGCACAAUCACAGAUUAACUAUUUUGACAUUAUUUUAGUUUUUGGUAACAUUGCCUUCAAAUCUGUCAUAUAAGAUAUCUCACAAUGAAACAGAUCUCAAUUAUUUAGAAAAUAUUGCAUUUUCGUAAAGCGUUAGUAACGCUUUUAGCAAUAAUAUAUCAAUUUUCGAACGUAAAUAUGAAAACUGCGAUCUGAUCUUUUGUCAGCAGUCUUGUAUCAUUGGUUUCCAGACAUUUGCGCAUAAAUUGGCUCAUUUCGAUACAAAAAAGUUUUCACAACGGUCAAUCAGUGAGAGUGCAGCUUUAAUGAGCCAUCGGCCGUAAUGUUAAACUUUGAUGAGUGGUUAUUCCAUAUAAUGUUGGUAUCCUUUGGACGGUUAUUGCUUGCUGAUAGCUAAUACGUUUAAAAGAUUAACCAAAAACUAUGAUAGAAAAAGUUACAGCAGUUAUUAUUUUUGGUUCUUUAUUCAACCGUGACUGAAAUUCAACGUUUAAUUACAUAUUUUGCAAAUCUAAAACCAAAAUUUGUUCGGCUUAAUUUUCACAUUUUAUUUCUCUUCUCAUAAAACUCUAUUAACAUAUACCAAACUAAUAUGGGAAGCCUUCUGAAGGUCGACUAUUAUACAUGGGAAACCUUAAUACAUACUUGCCAGCCGUUUGUGACGUGAAGUUAAAUGGCGAAUAAGUGUAUGAUACUAGCGAAUUUUGUUUCUAAUAAAUAAUAAUAUUAUGGUGUUGCAUUAAAACACUUUAUACAAUGUUAUACCAACUAUAAAUAUCGUGAGAACCGAUGACAACUUGUGUACAUCAACUGUAUUGUAAUAUGAUACUUAAAGAUGGCUUAAACACCUUAUAUGUGAUACUACCCUUUUAUUGAAUCAAAAUUGAAUGAUUAUAUUUGUCAAAAUCAAAAUGUUUUUCAUUGUAGCACUAUGUGUUCACUCUUAGAACAAAUAAAUCAU